CUAUGUUCAACAUAUGGUUCCUGUUGGUCGUUGACAACAAGUUUGCGACACGGGGCUGGAGAUGUGGUAUCUGGUUCUCAUUCUCCUUGUGUUUCCAUUUGUCCAAGUUGACCCAUGCACGGACAAGUCGGAGAACUGCGAGAGUUACGGAGAAGCGGUGUGUGACGGACUGUACCAAGCGUGGGCCGUCGAAAACUGCAGGAGAACAUGCAACCUGUGUCACGUAUCGCCAAGCGGCACCUCACUAUGCAACGACGUGGGCGACGAUUGUGUGGAUUACGACAAGUCGUCAUGCUCGGAUCCCAGUUUCGCAGAUUGGGCGAAGUACAAAUGCCGCUACUAUUGUCGUCUCUGUACUGCUGAUGAGUUGGCUGCAAAAGAUUUGGAAUCGAUCCCGCCAAUACUUUGCCGAGACAAAGUGAACUGUCAUGACUACGGGGCGCAUGCGUGCGAUGAAGAAUUCGAGGCCUGGUCUAGACUGAACUGUUUGGAAUACUGUGGCUACUGUAGAGGCAUCGCCCAUCCACCCCGAGGCUGCAAGGACACCGUGAACAACUGCAAGGACUACGGCCGCAGCCUCUGCAGCAACGACACCUACUCAAUUUGGGUCGACGACCACUGUAGAAAGACAUGUGGUCGUUGUCAGGACGUUGACGACAACGUGCUGCCUUCUCGACAUAUGGUCAUCGAAUCACAUGUGACCCUUCCUGUAAAUGUGAUCUUUCUGACCAAGUCAGCCGCAGGUCACGGGAUGAAUUUGUCUGCGCUCCUCGUUGUCGCGGUUGUCGGGCGUGCCUCGGCACAGUUCCAGCUAUUCUUCAACACCCCCGGGAUCCCCACAUUACAACCCGUGGGUCCAACACUGGCCCCUGUCGGCCCCGGGGGAUUCGACCCGAAUUGCAAAGACAAACUGGACAACUGUAAGCUGUUCGGUGCGGAUUCGUGUAAAGCUCCCUAUGAUGGCUGGGCUAAAGAAAACUGUGCCAAUUUCUGCAAGUAUUGUCAAGGACCGACACAGGCCCCUCCCCCGUGCAAAGACGUCCUGCCAAACUGUGACCAGUAUGAUGCAAAGUCCUGCACGGACCCAUCGUUCAAGCACUGGGCAGAGGACAAUUGUCGGUACUACUGCAGACUCUGUUCUCCGUCCGAACUGAGCAUGGUGGAUUCAAUGACAACUCCGAUACCUGCUUCAUUAUGUAAAGACAAGCUUGACUGCCGUCUGUAUGGUAAAGACUUGUGUACCAACCCAAAGUAUAUCCACUGGGCCAAGGAAAGCUGCCCAGCAUUUUGCGGCAUAUGUACUGGUGUCGCAACCCCACCACCGACUUGCGCUGACAAAUCCCCCGACUGCGCGAGGUACCAAAAGUCGACGUGUACCAACCCCGCCUACACAAUCUGGGUAGAGGACAACUGCAUGAAGUAUUGCGGGAAGUGCGGCGGGGGAGGUGCGCCUGUCAUGCAGCCUGUGAACACUGGCCUAACACCGAAACCAAACUUCCCCGUUCCCCCGAUGAGAGGGAAAUAAAGCUGCUGGUGGUGGUUUCACUGAAGAAGAGAGAGGACAUUGACCUUUCAACAUGAUAGAACUACCUUAGGGUAUUCAAACAUACAUUGUUUUCGGAAUUUCUGCCAAUAAGGCAACGGACAUCUUCUAUAUCUCCGGGGCUCGCAUUACUGUAAACCUACACUAACCCCUUGAUCCAUCCCCCUGGUUCUUGCGAUCAC